AUGGACAAGAAGAGGGUGGCCAUCGUCGGCGCCGGCCUGAGCGGCCUGGCGGCGUGCAAGCACCUGCUGGAGCGCGGCUGCCGGCCGGCUGUCUUCGAGGCGGACACCGUCCUCGGCGGCGUGUGGGCGCACGCGCCAGAGUGCACCAGGCUCCAGACGCCGCGGCCCAUGUUCCAGUACUCCGACUUCCCGUGGCCGGAGUCCGUCACGGAGGUGUUCCCCGACCACCGCCAGGUUGCGGACUACCUCUACGCCUAUGCGCGGCACUUCGGCGUGCUCGACUGCAUUAGGUUCGGCCGCAGGGUGGUCGGGAUGGAGUAUGUGGGCGUCAGCGAGCAGCAGGUGGCGGCGUGGGAGGACUGGGCUGGGUGCGGCGAGGCAUUUGGUUCCGGCGACGGUGAGUGGUGGCUCACGGUGGCCGACGUGGACGGCCUCGUGGAGGUACACAAGGCAGACUUUGUGCUUCUUUGUGUUGGGAGGUUCAGUGGUGUGCCCAACAUACCUACAUUUCCUAUUGGCAAAGGCCCAGAAGUGUUUGACGGGAAAGUGAUCCACUCCAUGGAGUACUCAAAAAUGGGAGGCAAAAAAGCUAGGGAGAUGAUCAAGGACAAGCGUGUGACUGUUGUUGGCUACCUAAGAUCAGCAGUAGACAUUGCAAAUGAAUGUGCAAACAUCAAUGGUACCAAAAACCCAUGCACAAUGGUAGUACGAACAAAGCGUUGGAUUAUACCAGACUACUAUGCUUGGGGUGUCCACAUAUCAAAUUUCUAUCUCACCCGCUUCGCCGAACUACUUAUUCACAAGCCUGGUGAAGGCUUUCUCCUCAGCAUGUUGGCUACUGUCUUGACUCCACUGAGGUUGAUGUUUUCGAAGUUUGCUGAGAGCUACUACUCCAUUGCAAUGAAGAAACAUCACAUGGUGCCUGACCAUAGCUUUUUUGAGGGAUUAGUGGCAUGUGUGGCUGCCAUUGCACCAAAGGAUCAUUACAAGAAUCUGGAGGAAGGUAGCAUCGUUCUUAAGAAGUCAAAAACAUUCAGCUUUUGUGAAGAAGGUGUGCAUGUAGAAGGUGAAUGUACUCCAGUAAAGAGUGACAUCGUUAUCUUCGGAACCGGAUUCAAGGGUGAUCAAAAGAUCAAGGACAUGUUCACAUCAGAAUACUUUCAGAGCAUAGUCGUUGGCUCAACAUCAACGACCGUGCCACUUUAUAGGGAGUGCAUCCAUCCAAAGAUUCCACAGCUCGCAGUCAUCGGCUAUUCAGAGAGCUUGACAAAUAUCUAUACAACAGAGCUUAUGUCCAAGUGGAUAUCACAUUUUAUGGAUGGUGGUUUCAGAUUGCCAAGUGUCAAAGAAAUGCAGAGGGAUGUCCUUGAAUGGGAGAAGUUCAUGAAGCGCUACUCUCGAGACUAUUUCCGUAGGUCAUGUGUUGGAAUUGUUCAUAUAUGGUAUAAUGAUCAACUAUGCCAGGACAUGGGAUGUAACCCAAGAAGGAAGAAGGGUUUUUUCUCUGAAUUAUUUGAGCCUUAUGGUCCUUGUGAUUAUGUUAAUCUUCACCCCAAGUAA